UUUCUCUUGAUACAAAUCACUUCAUCCAGCUUUCUUGUGUAUACCCUGUUCCUGCACAUCAGCGAGCGCGUUGGCAAUUUCGCCUAGUCUUCUUUCCAUAUUUAAGACCACUUCCCAUCUUUCUUCAACUCACGAUUGAGCAUUUACCUGACAUGGCAGGGACCCAAGAAAUAGCGUCAGAGUCGGCCUCUGUGGCCUUGAGUUCUUACGACACAGCUCUGUGCUGGAUUCCCGACGAGGAGAACUGGCCAUGCCUGGACAGGCUACGCAGCUUAUACGACAAAGGUUAUGAGAAGUGGCCCCCGCAUGUCAACCUCUUAUACCCCUUUGUGGCAACAGACGCCCUGGAGCGUGCGUCCCGAGACAUACUUUCUGGCCUGACAUCAUGGCGGGAUGAUGGUGCUGCGACACCCACAGUCCAUCUCAACUCCACCGGAGUGUUUCCGCAUCGCAAUGACAAUACCGUAUUCUUGUCCGACAACGACACAGAUAGGAAGCGAGCUGUCUCGAGGCUUCGCACUGCUAUCUUGAAAUCUCUAUCCCAAAAGCCCUCGAACAAUUUCCAGAUGCACAUGACCAUCGGCCAAAGCCAGGACCUCAACUCAGACUCGCAUCAUUUUCUGGUACAGAAGGCUGGCCUGCUACCAACACAGCCAUGGCAGAUGGACAAAUUGCACAUCCUCGUACGGGAGAAGAGUCCAGCCACUGCCACAACCAAGUCCUUGAACCGGAUGACAACCUGGGGCAUUAUCGACCUCAAGGCCAUGUCCGUGGAUGUCCUUCCAAAGCCGCUUCCUUUCUACAACCACGUCAAGCUUACUUCUAAGACUGGUGAAGACGCUUCGGAGUUGCAGGCGGAGACGGACGCCUCCUCCCAGCUACCUUACUGCUUUGAUACACUUCAGCAGCGAUGGGUCAGGUACAACGCGAGCAACAAUGUCUCUAUCGAAGCUGUAGCCAUCCCAACAAGCAUCAGUAUCGCCUCUUACAAUGUUCUGGCAGAGUUCUUCUAUCCGGUCUCCUACCAGAGGUACCCUAUUUUGGUUAGAAAUAUUCUGGAGAAGGGAGCGAAAUCAGACAUCCUCGUUCUGCAGGAAGUCACGGAUGACUUUCUCACAUAUCUUCUCGGCAAUAGCAGCAUCCGCGAACACUACUCCUUUGCGUCCCACGGUCCUCCUCAGCAGGACGAUCUUGAACCGCUGCCAAGUCAUCUGAACGUUGUCAUCCUCAGUCGUUUCCGGUUCACAUGGAAACGAGUCUCAUUUCAACGGCGCCACAAGACCUCGAUCGUGGCUCAGUUUCCAGACCUGGCCGAGCAAGCGCCAGUUAGCAGAGACGGAGGCUCUGGCAAGACACCCUCUUCUCCACUGGUCCUUGCUACAGUCCACCUGACAUGUGGCUUGACCGAUGGCUCUGUCACUGCCAAGAAGCUCGAGCUACAAGCAGUCUUGAGAUAUCUGGAAGAGUCACAUCCCAACAACCCUUGGAUCUUAACCGGAGACUUCAACAUCAGCACCAGUGCGCAUGCGAUUGACAUGGCUCGGCAGAAGGGGGCAAUCUCCCCCCAGACCGUGACAUAUCUACACGACCUCGAAAGCCGCCUGUUUGAUGCCGGUCUCGUCGACUCUUGGGCCACAGCCAAGAUUCAGCGAGGCGAUGGUCGGCUGCUCUCAGGCUUGACAGGCGACCAUCAGACCAGCUAUGAAGAAGACGACGAUGCCUUUGAGGGCGAGGACGGUGCGACUUUCGAUCCCCUGACCAAUGAUCUGGCCGCCGAGAUUGUUGGCAGCGGCUUCAACAGAAGGCCACAACGGUACGAUCGAAUUCUGGUCAAGGGACAGGACACAUUCCACGUUGCUGGUUUCAACAUGUUUGGGCAAGAUCUUGGUGUUCUGGGGCCUCGGCACCCGACGAAAGCUGACCCCGAGGAGUCACUGGGAGCAAAAUCGUACGGAAGUGAUCACUGGGGCGUAAGAUGCUCAUUGAAGAUCUCGACAAGUGCGGCGGGCUCUGGUCCCAGCAGUGAGAGCAACAACAGCACUCUGGCAACUGCUAUACAGGUCAAGGAGGCUCCAGAGUCCCUCAGGGAUGUCACGGAGCUGAAGCAAUGCCUCGACCGCCACCAAGUCAUGCCUAGUGCUCAAGAAGCUGAGCUGCGGGAGAGGGCGCUCCGGCUCUUGAAGGAGAUAGUCCUGCAAGCCGACUCAAACACCACCACUGCUGCAGCCACGACCACCGCAACGUCGAGCACGCGAGGCCAGCCGUCCUUUGUGAUGGUUCCUGUCGGCUCGUACGGCCUUGGUGUCUGGACAGCUUCGUCCGACGUGGACUGUCUUUGCAUCGGUCCGGUCAGCUCACACGUCUUCUUCAGUCUUGCCGUCCAGCGGAUCCGCAAGGCGGAGCAGCAGCAGCGAUAUCAAGUCGAGAAGGACGGAGCCAUGGUCAGCAGCGUCCGGCUGGUCCGCAAGGUCCAUGCUCACUCGGGCACCAUGCUCGAGCUCGAGGUCCUGGGCAUCAAGAUGGACCUGCAGUACUGCGCAUCCGCCUUCAUCGCCGAGACGUGGCCCUACGCCACGCGCGUGGCCCCCAACGACCCGACUUUCCAGCUGUCUUCUCAGGCCCUCGCGAAGCUCAAGCCCAUGCGCGACCUGUACUACCUGCGCCGCACGAUCCCCGACUUUGCCGCGUUCCGGACUGCCUACCACCUGGUUAAGCUGUGGGCGAAGCAGCGCGGCAUCUACUCGGCCAAGUUUGGCUACCUGGGCGGCAUCCACAUCUCCAUCAUGCUCUCGAGCGUCUGCAAGAUGAUAUGCCACAACUUCAAGGGCCACACUGCGAGCAUGUCCGCCGCGACGAUCCUGACCACCUUCUUCAACUACUAUGCCGACUUCGACUGGGCCAGCCACGCCGUGUACGAUCCGUUCUUCCACACCGAGAGCGGCGGCGGUCGCGCCCUGCGCUAUGUGCGGACUGCUCGGGAGCCCCUGGCCAUUCUCGGCUGGCACGGCCCUGCUCUCAACGUCGCGGUCGCGGCAUCUGCGCCAACAGCAAAGACGAUUGCCGGGGAGUUCCGGCGUGCAGCUGCACAGCUCUCGACUCCCGGCAUGACCUGGUCCGGUUUCAUGGACGGGGCUUCCGGGCCAAACGACGUGGUCGGGGAGGCAGUGGGUGCCGCGGGUGUACCACGAGGUGGUAUCAAGGCUUCGGGCUCCGAUGAGUUCUUGGCUUCCUUCAAAAGCUAUGUCAAGAUUGAAGCUCAGUUCUGGGGCGUUUCCCUGGCCAAGGGUACGGGCUUUGUCGGAUGGCUUGAGUCGCGAUGUACGAUGCUGCUUGUUGAUAUCGACAGACGUGUGCCUGGUGUUCAUGCAAGAAUCUGGCCAGCCCGUUUUGUGGACAGAGAAACCACCUCCACCGCCGCCACCCGUGACGCCGACGGCCACAUCCAAGAUUACAAGGGCUACUACCUCGCAGGACUCGAGCCGAGCCAGAAGAACACCGCCGAGCCAGCACAAACGAUGAUGACCAAGGACGAGUCCAAGGUUGUGCUCGGGGCCCUGCAGACGGCUCUGGCCAAGUUCGAGAGCCAGAUCAGGGGUGAUGAGCGGUUCUACGACGCCAAGUCCAGCUGGAUGAGCGCGUCCGUCGUCAGCCGUCAGGAUCUGGGAGAUCUCGAGCUGGACGAUCGCGAAUGGGGUCAGUACACGAUCGGCGAUGACGAUGACGACGAGGAAGACGACGACGACGACGACGAAGAGGAGGAAGAUGACGACGAGGAUGUCGACGAUGACCUCGAAGCUCUCACCACCGCCGCAGACAAGGCCAAGUCCAGCAAGAAGAAGCGCGGCACCGGCAAGGCAGCAGCAGCAGCAACAAGCAAGCUCCCCACGCGGCCCGCGUACCAAGGCAAGUUCCGCUCCUCGGCCGACGUCAUCAACCGCCUGCGCUGGGACCCGGACCUCGACAGCAGCGAGUACAUUGUCGGCUACGAGGACCGGUUCCUCGGCGUGCGCGAGCGCGCGCUCGACGCCUGGAAGUCGGAGCAGACGGACGAGGAGUUCAUCCCCCAGCACCGUAUCUUGUACUUCAAACGUCGUGGCGCUGGCGGCAGUGACGCAAGCAUUGUAUGGCAUCGGGGCCAGCGGAAGGAUGAUAUUUUCGGGAGCGGUGUUAGUAGUCUUGGGCGUUGAUGCAUUUAAUCGUGAUAUUUCUGAGAAGUAAAUUACACCAUCAAUAAUCCUCUAUCAAUUCAUAAUUCGCAUAAUGAUGAUGCAUCAAAAAGGGAACCCAUGUCCUACCAGUUACCACGAUUGACAACUGAAGAGGUUCUGCUAAAGUUACAUUCCCAGGAUUCCGGAAUGAUCACGGGUCAAAAUAAGGGAAAGAAAAAAAAAAGCCAGAGCCACAAAUUGAUAAUGGAACAAUAACGACGGGCUUCGAGAAGCCGCGGAAAAGCCCAUUCAAGCUGCAGUUCAAAGGUUAUUCACCAUUUUGGGAAAUGUGACCGAACCAUGCA